UUGCAUUGCUAGGGAGUCAACGUGGUUAGACACGACGCAGUGACCGCCCAAAACCAGAGUGGAAAGAGUUGCGCAGUGAAUGAUGUGACAGAGCCUUGGGGAGAUUUGCCUGUCAGCAACUGAUUUGCUUCCAGAAUGGGUUCUCACACUCCAGAGAUCAUAACUCUGCAGACAGGUCAUUAUGCCAACUUUGUUGGCACUCAUUGGUGGAACAUUCAAGAGUCAUCAUUUGUUUAUGAUCCAACUGCUAAAGUAGAAAUCGACCAUGGCGUCUUAUUUCGUGAAGGAGAAACAUUUCAGCGGGAGAGCACGUUCACGCCGCGGCUGCUGGCGGUGGACCUGCGCGGCAGCCUGGGCGGCCUGCGCCGGCGCGGCCGUCUGUACGGAGAGGAGGCGCCGCCGGCGGCCGCCGCCACCGAGCGGCUCUGGCACGGCGACACGGUGCGCCACAAGCAGGAGCCCGGCCGGCCGGGCCUGCUGCAGCGGCUGGACGGCGCCGGCGACCCGGCCGGCGAGAAGGACGUCUGCCAGACCCACGCAGACGGUCAGCCGGCGGAGACGCCUGAGAUCAGAGCAGAGCCGGACGGCGACAAGGCGGAGUCUGACGAGCCCGCCAGUCCAGACGUGGCGGUGAAGGUGUGGUCCGACUUCCUGGGCACUCACCUGCACCCCUGGAGCGUGCACAUACUCACCGAGCACCUGCACGAUAACGCCAGCGACCCGUUCGACGUGUUCGGCUACGGCGAGGCCCAGUAUUCGCGAGAGGAUUUUCGUGACUGCUUUGAAGAUCGCCUGAGAGCUUACGCCGAGGAGUGCGAUCACCUAGCAGGGUUCCACGUGCUGUCGGACGGGUGUGACGGGUUCGGCGGCGUGGCGGCCGGUGCGCUCGCCCACCUCAGUGACGAGUACCCGCGGCGGCCGGCGCUGCUGGUACCGCUGCAGCCGCCGGCGCCGGCGCGGCUGACGCUGCCGCAGAUCGUCCACCGUACGGUGAACGCCGCGCUGACGCUGGACGCCGGCGGACGGCUGGCUGCCCUGUCCGUGCCGCUCUCUGUCCAGGAGCGCUGGUCGGCGCCGCUCGUCCCGCCCUCUCUGAGACAGUUCGAGCACCUCGAGUACGGCGGGGCGUCGUACGAGGGCAGUGCGCUGCUGGCCGCCGCGCUAGACACGGUCACCGCGCCGUGGCGGCGGAAGCAGGGCCCGGUGCCGCUGUACGAGGUGACCGCGGCUCUGACGGGCCGCGGUCGGACGGUGGCCGCCGCCGGGCUGGCCCUGCCGCUGGGUGUCGGCCCCGGGGACCGGCUGGCAGACUGGCUGGACGCCGGGAGUCUGCGGCUGCAGAGUCUGACGCCCGGGGUGCCGGCGCCCGCUGCCGGGACCGGGCCGGACGUGUGGAGCGGCUGCGCCGUGCUGCGGGGUGUGCCAGAACAACAGACCAGGUCCGACAGUGACCCGUGGCAGGAGGCGGUGGUGCGGUGGCCGGGCCGCCAGCUGGCCUGCCGGCUGCGGGAGCCGCUGAGGACGGCCGCGCCGUUCCCUUCCCUGUUUACGGCUGAUGUCGGUCCGGACGGGCUGGUCCGACCCCGACAGGCCACCGCCACAGCGGUGUCGUCGGCACCGGCGGCCGGCUCUCUGGUCUCGUCUCGCUCGGCCGGCGAGUGCCUGGCCUCCCUGGGCGCCAUCGUCGGCCGCUACAACGUGUCCAAGUUCCACCGGUUCGCCGCCGGCGGCCUAGAGGCGGACGACUUCAGUGAGGUCCGUGAGCGUCUCAGCGACCUGGCCGCCUGCUACCGGCCCGACACGGACGCCCUGUAAUAGGAGAGGGUUCGCUGUGACCGGUCAGUGACCCAGCUGUGACCGGUCAGCGACCUGGCCGCCUGCUACCGGCCCGACACCGACGCGCUGUGAUAGGAGAGGGACGGUUAGUGAGGUGCUGUGACCAGCCAUGGAGGCGUUGUGACCGGUCAGUAACCGCCUGUGACCAGUUGGUGGUCAGUGACCCGGUGUGACCGGCCAUUGAAGUACUGUGACCGGUCAGUGACCGCUGUGACCGGUCAAUGACCCGCUGUGAUCGGUCUGUUAGUUACCCGCAGUGAACGGUCAGUAGCCCGCUGUAAUCGGUCGGUCACUGACCCGAUGUGACCGGCCAGUGACGCUUUGUGAUCGGUCAGUAACCCACUGUGAUGGGUCGGUGAUCAGUGACCCGCUGUGACCGGUCAAUGCUGCUCCGCGGCACGCUCUGGCCGGUCAGUGCCCCGCUGGGACCGUUCCUCCACCGACCGGCAGUGGGAGCGGCCCGGCCCGACACCGGGAUAUCGCGGCUGUGACCGGUAAAGGGCUGGGGAGUCCUGGUGGAGAUGUUACGGCUGCCGAGUGUGGUGUAAGGGCGUCUCAGCAGCGUAGGAUCCUCGGCUCAGUAGCGGAAAGUCCUGUGAUACCGAAUUCGCUUGUGUGCCAUGCUAACAUGUAAGUUGUGGAAAUAUAACACGUGCUUUUUUAGAA